AAUGGCUUGGGAAUGGAGAUAGCUUUGGUGAGUUUUGAGAAAAUGGGCGAUGGAGGCAGUGAUGGAGAAACCUACCAAAACCAAAACUCGUUGGAUCAUCCACGUUUGGUCCAAACUGGACACAACAAAGAACUCUACAGGAGAAGUCCACAACAGAGCUCCUGGAAAAUUAAUGACAUGAACAACACAAUGAUGGGCUCCACUGAGAAUACACUGUAUUAUUACAGUCCUCAUCGGUUUGACGAGGACAUUCUGGACUUGGACCUUGAUCAUGAAAGCAACGAGCGAGUUCUCAUCAAUAUUGCCGGACUGAGGUUCGAGACCCAGUUGGGCACCCUCAACCAGUUUCCCGACACUUUACUCGGAGAUCCCGACAAGAGAAUCAAGUAUUUCGACCCCCUGAGGAACGAGUAUUUCUUCGAUCGAAACCGACCCAGUUUUGACGGGAUUCUCUAUUUUUAUCAGUCCGGCGGGAAAAUCCGGCGACCAGUCAACGUGUCGAUCGACGUAUUCGCCGACGAAAUCCGAUUUUACCAGCUCGGUGAAGAAGCGAUGGAGCGUUUCCGCGAGGACGAAGGUUUUAUCAAAGAAGACGAGAAACCUUUGCCCCAGAACGAGUUUCAGAAGCAAGUAUGGCUCAUUUUUGAGUAUCCCGAAAGCUCCAGUCCCGCUCGGGGCAUCGCCAUCGUCUCCGUGCUCGUCAUCACUAUCUCGAUCAUCACCUUCUGUCUGGAAACUUUGCCCGAGUUUCGCGACGAGCGCGAGCUGCCGGUGACGAUUCGCGCGAUCAAUGGCACUCAAGAUAGCCCGUCGCUCACUUUUAGCGACCCGUUCUUCGUCAUCGAGACCACCUGCGUGAUCUGGUUCACCUUUGAGCUUUUCGUACGGUUCUUCGCCUGUCCAAGCAAGUCCGAGUUCUCCAAGACCAUCAUGAACAUCAUCGACAUCAUGUCUAUCAUGCCUUACUUCAUCACUCUGGGCACGGAGCUGGCGGAGCAACAGGGACAGGAGCACAACAACGGGCAGCAAGCCAUGUCGCUGGCCAUCUUGAGGGUCAUACGUUUGGUGCGGGUGUUCCGCAUCUUCAAGCUCUCCAGACACUCCAAGGGGCUCCAGAUCUUGGGUCAGACUCUCAAAGCCAGCAUGCGAGAGCUCGGCCUCUUGAUCUUCUUUCUUUUCAUCGGGGUCAUCCUGUUUUCCAGCGCCGUCUACUUCGCGGAGGCUGAUGAACCCGAGUCUCACUUCUCCAGCAUCCCAGACGCCUUCUGGUGGGCGGUGGUCACCAUGACAACCGUUGGCUAUGGCGACAUGAGGCCGGUGACAGUGGGGGGCAAGAUCGUGGGCUCUCUCUGCGCGAUCGCAGGGGUGUUGACCAUUGCACUACCGGUGCCCGUCAUCGUGUCUAACUUUAACUAUUUCUAUCACAGGGAAACCGACCAAGACCAGGCGUCCCUCAGAGACGAGCCCAGCCCCGCGAGCCAAUGUGAUGAGCUUCAGUUGCUGAGGAAAUCGUCCCUUAACUCGAAAGAGGAUGCAAACACGCCCAUCGAGAAGACAAAUAUUAAAGCCAACAGCAGAAUGGAUAUUAAGCGUUCCCUUUAUACAUUUUGCUUGGAUAAAAGAAAAGCAGAUCUCUAG